CAAGUCCCCUCCCUGUGUUUGUGACACUGCAUGACAUACAUAAUACAUUAGCGUACGUGCAUAAAGAGACAAAAUACAGAUCUUCUAGUUUCAGUUUCGAGCUUGAGAAAUGGAUCUGGUGGACAAGGCUAAGAAUUUCGUGGGAGAAAAGCUGGCGGAGAUGGAGAAACCGGAAGCCAGCAUCGCCGACGUUGAUAUCAAAGGUGUUGGAUUCGACGGUUUUUCCUUUCUAGCUAAGGUCGACGUCAAGAACCCUUACUCUGUUUCCAUUCCCAUCUGCGAGAUCAAAUACGAGCUCAAGAGCGCCGGCAGGGUGAUAGCUUCAGGCACGAUUCCAGACCCAGGGUCAAUUACGGGAAAGGAAACAACCACCCUUGAUGUGGCAGUGAAGGUGCCACACAGUGUGGUGGUGAGUUUGGCGAGGGACAUUGGUGGAGAUUGGGACAUUGACUAUCAACUUGAUUUGGGUCUAAUCAUUGAUCUUCCUGUCGUUGGAAACUUUACCAUCCCACUGUCUCAGUCGGGUGAGAUCAAGCUCCCAACCUUUUCUGAUUUCUGGAAGAAAUCAGAACCAGAAGCUGCCUAACAGACAUGAUCAUUAACAGUGGUGUUAUAUGUAGUCAUAGGAUGAUGAUGAAUAAUGUAGUCUUACAAUAAGUUGCUUUCUGCACUAUGUAGUAUGUACCUUGUUUCAUUUCAUCAAAUCAAAGACCUUUUUACUGUUAAUUGUGUCUUCA